CCGCGGUUCCUGGAGCGCAGCGCGCUCCGGCGACCGACGCGCGACCGGCGGCGGCGGCGGAGCGAGUCGGAGCGGAACCAACACCUGGAAGGAUCAGCAGCGAUGGGAGCGUCACAGGCCCGCUACCAGCAGGAGUACCACGACCUGGUGGACAAAAGUGGAUUUUCACUGGAGCAGAUCAAAAACCUCCAUUACAGAUUCCACCAGCUGAGUGGAAACAACGAGACGAUAAGUAAAGGGAACUUGGACAUCAUCCCAGCCCUGGAAGACAACCCCAUCAAAAGCCAGAUCAUCGACGCCUUCUUUGACAAACGGAACCAGCGUCAGAAUGAGACCGGGUCGUGCGAGGAGAUCGGCUUCGAGCAGUUCGUCAUGGUCAUGUCCCACUUCCGUCCUCCACCGUCGCCGAUGACGGACGCAGAGAAGGAAGCUGUGAGAUCCCUGAAGCUUCGCUUUCUGUUCAACAUGCAUGACACAGGCAGCGACGGCACCAUCACCCUGGAGGAGUACAGGAAGGUGGUGGAGGAGCUCCUGUCUAAAAGCGAGCACAUGGAGGAGGAGGUCACCAAAGACAUCGCCGACGCCGCCAUGUUGGAGGUGGCCAGCACCAACGUGCCCCACAUGGGUCCGGAUGAGUUCUAUGAAGGAAUAACUUUUGAGCAUUUUCAACAGAUCCUAAAAGACCUGGAAAUAGAGUCCAGGAUGCACAUUCGCUUCUUGGACGUAGACACUACAACAAUGCACUGUGGGAAGUUUUCCUCCUGAACAAGCAUGAAUACUAAUACUACACAAAUAGUGGAAAACAGCUGAACAUUGUACAUAAUUAUUAGUUAUUGAGUUAUGUUCUGUUAUGAGUUCUAGAGAUCGUCCGUGGCUCAGGAUUCUGACAGUUUAGAUCCAUUCUGGAGGAACGAACGAUUAGUUGUACUAAUGUCAUAUUUCACAUACCAGACUUUUGUUGAAUCAUGAUCCUCCGUUUGUAACUGGCAGUUAGGGUUUUGUGUUUGUCUCCGUGUCACGUGCACAUGGAGGCACGCGUGUGGCAUCUAUGAGGCUGCAGGCACGUACCAACAUUAGGGCGUAAAGGCCACUUGAUCCGUUACCACAGAUCAAAUAUGUUCACACCAGGUGCACCUGUCUAUGACCUGAAGCGCCACCAGAGGCAAGUGAUUACCAAAACUAACAAAAAAACAAAAACUAAACGUACAAAGACAGAUUUCUAGAAAAUGAGGUAGUAAGGACCUUUUAUUGCUGUGAUGUUUCACAGCAGCAGUGGAUUAAAAAUAGGAAGCAAACAGGAAGUAAAGACGCUACAGUGAAGGAGUCCAGGGGUCUUUGAUGAAAACACAUGACUAACUGAAUAAAAAGGACCAGUCUGGAGAUCUGA